GAUGGGCGUGUCUAAAAGUCGGCGUUCACUAACUGAAACUGACCCAGAGUAAACAACCAAGUUAGCUUGUGACAGCUAUCCCCAUAUCUUAGAAAUGUCAUCGAUAACACCGAGAGAACCGACGCUAUGUCCAGCUGCAAUACCAGCAGCAGAGCCUGUGGUGCCCGCUUGCAUGUUUGCACCGGACCGCGGCUGUGUUGACGACCCAUCCGACGGGGAUGCCUUUGAAGACGGCCAGGGCACGAACGGCGAGUCCGAGGAUCAUCUAAACCUAAGCAGUAAGCUGGUUCUGGUCAGUCCAAAUGAGAAACAGUACGAUGCCUUACUCAGAAAUCUAAGGCGUCAGAUCGAAGAGGGAUGUGGAGAGACGAUAUAUGUGGUUGGAAUGGGCUCAGACGGCGGUGACUACGGGUUGGACACGAGGGACAUGGAGGCGUCGGUGGCCACGGUGCAGUUGCUGUGUGAACAGAUUGAGGCCGACCUGAUUCUGCUGCGGGAAAGGACGGACUCUGGUGGUCAGGUCCGGGACUACCUCAUCAGACGCCGUGUUGGUGAGGAGGAUUUCCUGGAAGUAAGGGUGGCAGUAGUAGGGAACGUGGAUGCGGGGAAGAGCACCCUGUUGGGGGUUCUGACCCACGGGGAGCUGGACAACGGCAGAGGCUUCGCACGCCAAAAGCUCUUCAGACACAAACAUGAGAUGGAGAGCGGCAGGACCAGCAGCGUAGGCAACGACAUCUUGGGCUUCGACCAGGGAGGAGAGGUGGUGAACAAACCCGACGGCCACGGAGGCAGCCUGGAUUGGUCCAAGAUCUGCGAGAAGUCCUCGAAGGUCAUCACCUUCAUUGACCUGGCCGGUCACGAGAAGUAUCUUAAAACCACAGUCUUCGGCAUGACCGGACACCUGCCGGACUUCUGCAUGCUCAUGGUUGGCAGCAAUGCGGGCAUUGUUGGUAUGACCAAAGAGCACCUGGGUCUGGCACUGGCCCUGAACGUUCCGGUGUUCGUCGUGGUCACAAAGAUCGACAUGUGUCCGGCCAACAUCCUGCAAGAAACACUCCAGUUAUUACAGAGGUUAUUAAAGUCGCCAGGCUGCCGGAAGAUUCCAGUGCUGGUGCAGAACACGGAUGAUGUCAUCGUCACCGCCUCCAACUUCAGCUCAGAGCGGAUGUGUCCGAUUUUCCAGAUCUCCAACGUGACGGGGGAGAACAUGGAUUUACUGAAGAUGUUCCUGAACCUGCUGUCUUCCAGGACGACCUGUAAGACGGACGAGCCCGCGGAGUUCCAAAUCGACGACACCUACUCUGUACCGGGGGUCGGCACAGUAGUUUCAGGGACUACGUUACGUGGAUUGAUACGACUGAACGACAUUCUGCUGUUAGGCCCAGAUCCACUGGGUUCAUUCGACCCCAUCGCAGUCAAAUCCAUCCACCGUAAGAGGAUGCCAGUGAGGGAGGUUCGUGGGGGACAGACGGCGUCAUUUUCCCUGAAAAAGGUCAAGCGUUCGUCUAUAAGGAAAGGAAUGGUAAUGGUUUCCCCGAAGUUGAUGCCACAGGCCACCUGGGAGUUUGAGGCGGAGAUUUUGGUGUUGCACCACCCGACGACGAUAUCCCCGAGAUACCAGGCCAUGGUUCACUGUGGCAGCAUCAGGCAAACGGCCACCAUCCUGUCCAUGAACAAGUCUUGUCUGAGGACGGGGGACAAGGCCCUGGUUCACUUCCGCUUCAUUAAGACGCCAGAGUACCUGCACUGUGACCAGAAGCUGGUGUUCAGGGAGGGUCGCACCAAAGCCGUGGGCACCAUCACCAAGCUCCUCUUCUCAGUCAGCAACCAGGCGGCAAAAUCCCAGCAGUCCAGGUCACAGGUCAACAGGAAGACGGCGGCCAAUGAGGAGGUCAGGUCGACUGCACGACCGCCGAGCCCCAGCGCCGCGCAGCUGCCACUGAAGUCUGGAGGAGGGGGGCGCCGGCGAGGCGGUCAGAAACAUCGAGGGAAAGGCCUGAACGCUGUGAACAUGUCCACGGUGCCUGCAGGAGCGGCGGCGGCGGCGGUGGCCUCAUCGUAAAAUGUGCUUCAUUUCUCCUCAGCUCCAAACAGGAAGGAAACGGUGACAGCUCCACCCAGUGGUCACUACAAACAGGUUCACUGCCCGUUCAUAUUCAGCCGGUCUAAAUCUCAAAGAGCGACUUAUUUACCCACGUUAAAGAAAUGGUUGUAAAAGUUUAAUUGGCGUAUCAGCUGGUGGGCUGCUGACGAUAUUCGAGUUUCUAGUUUUAUUGCGAGAAAGGACCGUUUGAAACAUUGUAAUUUUUUUCAUUUCUCCCUACGACAAACAAGUUUUCAAAGUGUUCGUCUCGUCGUUCAGGCAGAAUCAUCAGACGUUCUUUUUUUGAUGAUGAUUUUUUUUUUCAACCCAAAUUUUUUGCACUUCACGACUGUUUUGAUAGUAGUUGAAAUUUCAUUAAGUUCAAAUCAGCUUCUUAGCGGAGAGUAAAUACAGCCUUGUUUUCACACCGCCUUAAAUAGAGACUGGGUGAAAAACUGUGAUAUUUUCAGCGAUACUCUAGUACAGUGUGUACUUUUAUUAUUUCAUUUCUCAACCGAAGCUCAUUUUUCAGUUUAGUCUUGAGUGAAGUUCCUCGUUUCUAUAUGAGCAGACACCAUAAUCGGCAGCUUCCCCGUGACAUCGUGGAUCAACUAAUCAGAACUGAGCGAGUCAUGAAAGUGUUUGUUAUUUUAUUAAUCAGUUACACACACACUAACUAAUGGAGCAGCUGUGAACUGGGUCACUGGUUCGAUGCCCCCUCCGUCUGACGUUUAAGAGGGGGGAAAAAAAGAAAAGAAAAUUGUGCAGAAAAAAAAACUAUAGGAAAUAAAAAUUGUGCCAUUUAAAUUAAGUGGUGCCAGUUUCUGCUGUAAAUCAUUUUAAAUAAAAAAUGUUUAAGUUGCA